AUGAAAUUUGCCAUAUUGGCUAACUAUUAUCCUGAAUGGAAAGAUAUUAAGGUAAUCAAUAAAAAUAAAACCAAAACUUGUGUUUUAGAUGAUAAGAAAAUAAAAACUACAAGUGUUAAGAGAUUUGAGAAAGUAGAGAAUGAGAUGUUAAAUUUAAAAUUUGACUUUAUUAAUUUACUAUAUGAAAUACAUCAAAUGUAGAAGAUUUUACAAUUAAUUACACCAUCAGAUCUGCGCUUAAAUAUUCAUUUAAAUUAAUCCAAAUUAUUAUUUUAAACAGAUCAAGAUUUAAAUGAUUUUAGUAUUAAAUAAUAGUUUUAAUAGAACAUCAUUGUUUGA